GCUCCAGUAUUCUUAUUUGUCAUCUGUCGUGUUUCCAUAUCCAUAUAUAUAUGUGGAGAGAGAGAGAAGGGAAAACUGUCCAAAAUUUCCAUUCAGGAUCAGCUAUUGAUCAUAUAAUCUAUUUUUUGAGAGAGAUGAGUGGUUUGCCAAGGUCAGAAAUAUCCUUUAGAAGACAAGGUUCUUCAGGGUUGGUAUGGGAUGACAAGUUAAAUUUGGAGGUGAAGAAGAAACACGAUCCAAAACCUGCGGUCGAACAGAGCCCAAGGGAAUAUGUAUAUCGAUCCAGGACAGUUACACUAGCAGUUGAACCGCCAUCUCCUAAGGUCUCCUGUUGCUGUGGCAAAUUUGGGAAGCCUCCCCAUCAUGAAGACCUCAUGGACGAACUUAAAUUCAGGAAGAAGAUUUCUCACUUGUCCACGACGUCAGGAUAUCGAUGGAUGUAACUUUUUUGACUAGCU